CUGCCUCUUCCUCCUCCUGCCACUGUUCUCAGCUUAAACUCGGGCGUUGGCUUUAAGUUUCUUGACAACACAGAUUCUCUUGUUGCUUCUAACCCUAACUCCUUUGAGGAAUCUGCAAGUUUUGGUUUUUUUGCUAAGAAAAGAGGCCAAGUUUCUGAUGAGAGUAGAGGAGACAGAAGGCAUAAGCGUAUGAUC